CUGAGCCGGGGCCGGGCUGCGCGGGCCGGGGCGUAGCCGGCGCUCCUGGGCGUCCGCGGCGCCGGCCAUGGCGGCCGAGGCGCGCGUGUCGCGCUGGUACUUCGGGGGGCUGGCGUCGUGCGGGGCCGCCUGCUGCACACACCCGCUGGACCUGCUCAAGGUGCAUCUGCAGACGCAGCAGGAGGUGAAGAUGCGCAUGACGGGCAUGGCCUUGCAGGUGGUGCGCUCCGACGGCAUCCUGGCUCUCUACAACGGCCUGAGUGCCUCCCUGUGCAGACAGAUGACCUACUCCCUGACGCGGUUUGCCAUCUAUGAGUCCGUGCGGGACCACGUGACCAAGGGCAGCCAGGGACCCCUGCCUUUCUUCCAGAAGGUGUUGCUGGGCUCCAUCAGCGGUUGCAUCGGAGGCUUCGUGGGGACCCCUGCAGAUAUGGUCAAUGUCAGGAUGCAGAACGACAUGAAGCUGCCGCCGGGUCAGCGCCGCAACUACGCCCAUGCGUUGGACGGCUUGUACCGCGUGGCCCGAGAAGAGGGUCUGAAGAGGCUGUUCUCCGGUGCGAGCAUGGCGGCGAGUCGAGGGAUGUUGGUCACCGUGGGCCAGCUGUCCUGCUACGAUCAGGCCAAGCAGCUGGUCCUCAGCACCGGGUACCUGUCCGACGGCGUCUUCACUCACUUUAUCGCCAGCUUCAUCGCAGGUGGAUGUGCCACGUUCCUGUGUCAGCCCCUCGACGUCCUGAAGACCCGCCUGAUGAACUCCAAGGGCGAGUACCAGGGUGUUUUCCACUGCGCCGUAGAGACGGCAAAGCUCGGGCCCCUGGCCUUUUACAAGGGCCUGGUGCCCGCAGGCAUCCGCCUCCUGCCCCACACCGUGCUCACCUUUGUUUUCCUGGAACAGCUUCGCAAACACUUCGGCAUCAAAGUGCUUUCCUGAUGGGGCCCGGGAGGGGCCUGCGCCGGGUCCAGCCCCCAGUGCCGGGCUCUUCCAGGGUCGGGGAGGGUUGGUGGGCCGAGCCCCCCUUGUCCCU